UCGGCACUCCGGGCUGAUGAGGAAUGUGCUGUUGCAGGAAUCCUUGACCUUCGGGGAUGUGUUUGUGGACUUCACCCUGGAGGAGUGGCAGCAGCUGGACUGCGUUCAGAAGAACCUCUACAGGGAUGUCACGCUGGAGAACUACAGCCACCUGGUGUCCGUGGGAUACCUGGUUCCCAAACCAGAUGAGGUCUUGCGAUUGGGUCGAGGGGAAGAGGCCAGGAGGGCAGAGAGAGAGCCGCCAACGCGCAGCUACCCAGGUGAGGACGCCCGGGGGCAGUCGGGUGGGACCCGGAACCUGGGAGGUCUGCGAGAGCUGGGCGUCAGGGGCAGGCCUGGGAGCUCUUGUCAAAGCCCCUAGACUUUGGGACAUGACUUGGGUUCAAUGAAACCAGCCGCCGUGGUAUCCACACGAUGCCCCCCCCCCCACCGCCCUUCUACAGCCCCCUGUCCUUCUCGGGGUUCAGACCGUGCGGCCACCGCUGCUCUUCAGAUCCCAUGUCCACCUUCCGGUAGCCUGGGUGGCCUUCCCCGUUUCCUGCUCCCCCUCCUUUUUGGAAGCUUUGACGCUGUUUUCCCUCCCUCGGUAUUGGCUUUUUUCUCAGAAGACAUGGGAUGUAGGUGUGACGCUUCCUCUUUAUUUGUCGUCUGUGGGCCCUUUACAUCUGACGCUGGGAGUCUUCUUCAGCCUCAGGGAGUCAUUCCGCCUGGCUUGCUGGAGUGGUGGGGACCGCAAGCUUUGCUGGUGGCCUCCAGCUUGGCCAGGCCGGGCAGCCCCCGUGCUCUCUCUGUUCUGUUGUGCUCAACAGCGUCAGCCUUCACGGGACCGAGUCCUCGCUUCUCAGUCCCUCCGUCUCUUCCAAAUGUGACUCGACUCCGCCUGUUGUCAGCUUCCUGCUCUCAUCACUGCGUCCCUCCCGCUCAAGGGACCCGGAGAGGACAUCCCUCAUGGGCAGCCUGCUUCCAUGAGCGCUGUCUCCGUCCUGGGCCCAGCGGCUCUUUGCUUCGUUCGUGGCUUUGCUUGGUCUGGCUCUGGGCCCCUGGUGGGGAUCCACACACUCUUCAGAUGUCGCU